AUGUAUAGGAAACCUUUUAGUUGUCUUAUGAAAUUUCCACUAAGUAAUAGUUAUUCUACUUCAACAGACGAGAAGACAAAAGAACAAACAGAUUUUCAACAAACUAAAGAUGCAUCUAAAUUGCACACAAGUAUACUUUCUAAAGUGCAAGCUUCUACGUCUUUAUCUCAAUCCAAACCCGGUGCUCAAAAACCUCCAUUACUUGAUCGAAUAAGCGAAUUCAUUAAAGCUGUAAAGGCUAAUAGUGCACAGGAUAUACUUUCUGUAGCAUCAGAUAAUUUAAAUAAAUUGACGGGAUAUUCCAUGGUGGAGAACUUAAAAGAAAAGGUGAUUCAGAGGGAAAAAGAAUUUGAGGUAGCGCGAAAACGUCUUUCAGCCUCUAAACUUGCAUACGAAGAAGUUAUCGCUGCGCGAUCUGCAACACAGCGUGAAAUAAAUGAAUUGCUUCAACGUAAACAUCAAUGGUCAAGUGAUGACGUUAUAAAGUUUACACAGCUUUACAAAAAUGAGCACUUAAACGAACAGGCUGAAACUGCAGCCAGAGAAGAAUUUCAGAGAUGUGAGCAAAAAGUUGAACAAGAAUAUACAGAAUUAACUCGAUCAAUUAUGUUACGAUAUCAUGAAGAACAAAUCUGGAGUGAUAAGAUACGUAGUGCAUCUACAUAUGGUACGGUUGCUUUAAUGUUACUUAAUGUGAUCUUAUUUAUCGGUGUUCAAACUAUUUUUGAGCCAAGAAAACGGCAAAAGCUGGCUGAUAAAUUUGAAGAACUGCUUAUUCAAAGGACAAAUGAGGAAGAAAGUAAAUCGGAAGUCGGAAUUGUUCAUACAUUUAUGAAAAAGUUUGAAAAUCUAGAAGGAAAAGUGGACGAAUUGACACAAUCAUUAACACCGAUAUUUAAUAAACUUUCUGAUUACGUUGGAGAUCUUGAACCCUUUGAACCAAUCAACGACAAUGAUAAAUUACCCCUAACACCAACAGAGCUCGAUUCUCUUAUGGGAGACUUUGAAAAGUCCGCGGAAAGAAGUAACCGUGUUCAAAAACCUAUUCAAAAUGAAAUCGACAGCCAUAUAUUUAUAUCUGCUUUCUUAGGAGCAUCCAUAGGCUGGCUUGUCAGCUACAUGAUGACUGAAUUAUUCAGAUAA